UUCCCUGACACGACAGCUGAUAGCAAGAGAGAAGACAUUUAAAGCAGGAUGUCGUGCUGUGAUUGGAUCAUAAAUUUCGUGGCCAAUUUUGGUUGGUUUACUGAAAAGUGAACGCCUCUAAACAGCUGAAUAGUUUUAGGAAGAAAUAGUGGUGAUUGAAGUUAUUUACAAGUCUUCCUGAAAGAAUUUGCGCUGAGCUCCAUUUUCCCUUCACACAUUUUCCCAUUACAAAUUUUCAAAAAUGAUAAUUAUUCCUAUUUGCAAAUGAUAUAUUUGCAGCCAUGCUGCCGGUCCCAUCACAACCUCCCAGACAGUCCCAGAAACCUUCCCGGAGCGGAUCGCAUCAGCACCGGGAAGCCGUGGGGGUCUUCAUCGUUGCUGGAGACAACUGAGCUGCGCCUUGAUGCAUCAGAUGGAUUUCCGCCGGCAACACACUUUCUACACUUUUCACACAUUCUGUCGAUUGAACUCUGGAAAAAGACAUGUUUAAACCAGAAUGUCAUACAUUCCCCUCUCAAGUUUGUCGGGACAACUGAAAUGACUUAGGCUAUGUUUAACUGUUUAUACUGCCAGACACGCACUACCUUUUUACAUGAGAUGUAAGCUGUCCGCUGGUUUCCUCUGAAUGUAACCAGUCUGUAUUUCGCCUGUUUGUGGACGUGCGUAAAGGAAGCCGCUGCUGGGAUUCCAUAAUUGCUUUGUGCUCGGAUUUUAUCAAAGGGAAAGAGGAGAGAAAUUCGCCAAAUGAAGAAAAUAUAAGGAUGAACAUGCUGCAGAGGAAGCUUCACGACAAAACCUUAGCUCGAUGGAUAACACAACUGAAAGAGGAGAAGCUUACACACAAGCAUGUAUCCCUGGGAAUCUGAAAAAAAACUUUGCUGAUCACCACAUUACAUUUCAGCAAACUUCUGUACAAUUGCCAAAAGCUAUGUAUAUGGCUAUUGAACAAUUAUACAUAGGAGAAAUAGUUUAUCUGCAUUAUGUAACUGUAAAGUUCUGGCUUUCCAAUAUCAUCAAAGACACGAGGCACAGCUAAGUUUCAGUACAAACCACAAUUUAGAAGGCUUCAUGUGGACUUGACAACCGAUAAGAGAGAGAUAACAAGCAAACAUUUUGUAUCUGUCAUCUUACAUGCAGUUCCACGCUUAGCUUUAUUGAAAAGGAGGAGCCCAUUAAAGCAAUUGAUAGAUAGGAAGGUUUGGUCUGAAGGUGUUGGUGCCGGCUGGCUGCUGGUUGGAGAUGAGAUAAGAGUCUUGGGAAGAGGGAAAAGGAGUGCCUGUCUGACAGGAGCUGAAUACAAAUUAGGAGUCUUCUCUCCUGCAGCUACACCAGUGAGACAAAUUAAUAUUGGAGAGAAGAAAUGGAAAAAUUAACUGACUUCAAUUACAGGAGCAUUAGUUGUGGAAGGAAUUAGAUGUUUGCUAAGGGGUAAUAUGAAAUCAUAUUGCAGUAUAAGGGAUGUUGCAAUGUGAAAUGAGGAUAAAACACUUCUGCAUUUUCUACAGCAAAAACCAACAGUGGCAUGCCCUGUGUACUACCUUCUCUGGUGCCAUGCCUAAACUGAGAUGAUGAGGCUGGUUUAAACCUUGGAGACAAGGAGGUUUAAAAGUUGCAGAGGAGAGAUGGAGCUGGAUAAUAGUUCACUGGAUUACUUGACCAGCAACUUCACAGAGAUUCCUGACACUACAACAACUCCACACUGGAGCAAGGCCACACUACUCGGCCUCCAGAUCUCCCUGUCUGCACUGUUAGCUGUCGUCACCCUGGCUACCGUGCUCUCAAACGCCUUUGUCAUCGCCACCAUCUUUUUGACCAGGAAGCUCCACACACCUGCCAACUUCCUGAUCGGCUCCCUUGCCGUCACAGAUCUGCUGGUGUCUAUUUUAGUCAUGCCAAUCAGCAUCGUCUACACUGUGAGCAAGACCUGGUCGCUGGGGCAGAUUGUCUGUGACAUCUGGCUGUCGUCCGAUAUCACCUUCUGCACGGCCUCCAUCUUGCACCUGUGUGUGAUUGCAUUGGACCGCUACUGGGCCAUCACAGACGCCCUGGAGUACUCGAAACGCCGCACCAUGCGUCGGGCAAUGAUCAUGGUUGGGGUGGUGUGGGUGAUCUCCAUAUCGAUUUCCAUGCCUCCACUUUUCUGGCGACAAGCCAAAGCCCAUGAGGAGCUGACGGAGUGCAUGGUCAAUACAGAUCAGAUCUCUUACACCCUAUACUCCACCUUCGGCGCCUUUUACAUCCCCACAGUGCUGCUCAUCAUCCUCUAUGGACGGAUCUAUGUUGCCGCCCGCUCCCGUAUUUUCAAGACGCCGUCUUCUUCAGGGAAACGUUUCACCACAGCACAGCUCAUCCAGACCUCUGCAGGCUCCUCUCUCUGUUCUCUUAAUUCUGCCUCAAACCAGGAAGCACACCUACACUCUGGCAACGUGGGAGGUGUGGGAGGAGGAGGGGGAGGAUCACCUCUAUUCAUGAAUAGCGUUAAAGUGAAGCUGGCAGACAGUGUGCUGGAGAGGAAACGUCUGUGUGCGGCUCGGGAGAGGAAAGCGACCAAGACACUGGGCAUCAUCCUGGGCGCUUUCAUUAUCUGUUGGCUCCCAUUUUUUGUGGGCACGCUCGUCAUGGCCAUAUGUAAAGAGUGCUGGUUUGAUCCAAUGCUUUUUGAUAUAUUUACCUGGCUGGGAUACCUGAACUCCCUGAUCAAUCCCGUUAUCUACACCGUAUUCAAUGAUGAGUUCAAACAGGCUUUUCAAAAACUCAUUAAAUUCAGAAGAUGCUUUUGAGAAAAAAAUGAAUUCAUUAAAAUCUCUUGGAAAACAUGGAGUGAGAAAGACAAAGAGAAAACAAGAUAAUAAUGAUAAUGGAAGUACUGUACACUUAAAUCCCAUGGUCCCAUCUUGUAAACACAUGCUAAUUAUGAUAUGUUUUUGAUUUUUACAUUCAACAGUGCCGUGCCAUGCUCUUUAGAUACCUACAGAAUUCAUAGAGACUUAUGCAUGCAUGCUAAAAAAAGACAAAAAGAAUUGUGGAACUCAUCCAUAAAAAGAUUAAGAAAGAGGAUUUGAAGUCUUUUUCAUGUCACUGGGGCACUGCUGUUAUUUAAAAAGAAGAAGAAGCAGAGAUUAAAAACAAGGAUUGGUCUAACUGUAUAGAAAUAUCAACUCAGAGAGACUGGAUUUAUUCCAGUGGAAAUGAAAAGCCAUGAAAUAUAUGUUGUCUUUUAAUCUCUGUGUCAUUCUGUAUACUGCUUCUGCCCAUAUAAUGUUUCUGCUGUACAUAAAGUACUUAGAAAAACUGCAGAACUCUAGCGAUUCAGUAAAACGGUUGCCAUGUGUGCAAUCAUAUUUGAAAGUGGUGUUUCAUUGUCUGUGUAUGUGUGUGUUUCUGCAUGAGUGUGGCUAAAGGUUACUUUACUGUAAUAUAUGUGAGUUUGAGGAGGGGAGGAUUGUCAAGUGUUCUACGUUUAUACUGCACAUGCUAUUCUUCAGCGAGCCUCGUCCCGUUGUUCCAGAGAAUUUGACGUUUUAACUCUGACUCAGAAUUUUAAGUAACAGCCAAUACCACAGCAACAAAUAAACCCUUGAUGUUGUAAAUGAUGUGCUCAUGCAAAAAAGAUUAGGUAAGAGCAAAUGAUCAGACUCCCGCCUACUGAGGG